CGGUGUAGUUUCUGCUGAUGCGCGGAGGCGGAGAAGAAGUGGAUCGACCGCCCCCCCGGUUAGCUACCUAGCUCUAGCUGGGAAGUAGCGACAAAAUCUUCAGGAUAUUGUCAUAAUGAGUUAUGCCGAGAAACCGGAGGACAUAACGAGGGAGGAGUGGAUGGAUAAACUCAACAAUGUCCACAUCCAGAGAGCUGACAUGAACAGGCUCAUCAUGAACUACCUGGUGACAGAGGGUUUCAAGGAGGCAGCAGAAAAGUUCAGGAUGGAGUCUGGUAUAGAACCUAGUGUGGAUUUAGAUUCUCUGGACGAAAGAAUUAAGAUCAGAGAGAUGAUCUUGAAGGGACAGAUCCAGGAUGCUAUUGCACUCAUCAACAGUCUGCACCCUGAGCUGCUGGAUACAAACCGUUACCUGUAUUUUCACCUACAGCAACAACAUUUGAUUGAGCUGAUUCGUUUGAGGGAAACUGAAGCUGCCCUUGAGUUUGCGCAGUCUCAGUUGGCAGAGCAGGGAGAGGAGAGCCGGGAAUGUCUGACCGAGAUGGAGAGGACGCUAGCGCUGCUGGCAUUUGACAACCCAGAGGAGUCACCUUUUGGAGAUUUACUCAAUAUGAUGCAGAGGCAAAAGGUGUGGAGUGAAGUGAACCAAUGUGUGCUAGACUAUGAAAACAGAGAGUCCACCCCCAAGCUGGCGAAGCUCCUGAAGCUCCUGCUGUGGGCUCAAAAUGAACUCGACCAAAAGAAAGUGAAGUAUCCUAAAAUGACUGACCUCAGCAAGGGAACCAUCGAAGACCCGAAAUAAGGAGCCCAACUGAAAAUGUACCACGGCAUUAUUACAUGGACACAUUUCCUUUAUCUAUUUAUACACCAACAGACUCAUAUAGAAUACAACCUUUUCUUUUUUGUAAGGGUUGCUUUUUGAUACUUUAACCCGAAUUUGCAGAAAAACUGGAUUGCUGGCAUUUUAAA